AUGCAUCUUCCUUCCGUCCCGGCACCUGACUUCUGGGCGCUGCUUGUGCUGCUGAGUGGAACCCCCUUCAAAGUUCUGUCUUCCCUGCUCCCUAUAAACGAAUGUGGAAAAAGGCCUCUUAUGAAUCAGAUACCAAUAGGGACGCGGAUUGUAGGUGGACAUGAUGCUGAAGUCGGCGCAUGGCCGUGGCAAGUUAGUCUUCAGAUUUAUGAAAUUGGCCUAGGCUACUAUCAUAUAUGUGGUGGAUCUCUAAUUAAUAACAACUCAGUAUUGACAGCAGCACACUGCAUUAAAUCAUCUAUGAACCCAUCUUUUUGGAGGAUUACAAUUGGUUUGCAUCAUCUUCAUGAAUACAACUCUCGUACUGUAACACGCCGAGUCAGAGCUAUCACAAUUCAUUCUAAUUACACGCCACAAAACUAUGAAAAUGAUAUUGCUUUGUUUACACUAAUAAAAUCUAUCAAAUACAAUGACUAUAUUCAGCCCAUCUGCCUACCGGAUAUUAAUCUUUUCAUUAAUUCUGAGUACCCAUGUUACAUAACUGGAUGGGGAAAUACAAAGGAGAAAGGUAGAGAAAGACUUGUAUUACAAGAAGCUCGAGUAAGAAUUAUUCCACUAACUACGUGUAAUAGAAAUGACUGGUAUGGAGGAAAAAUAACAUUCAAUAUGCUUUGUGCUGGUUCUGAAAGUGGACAUGUCGACAGCUGCCAGGGAGACAGCGGUGGACCUCUGGUGUGUUAUAUUCCAAAAACUUCCAGGUUUUAUCUCAUAGGAAUCACAAGUUUUGGGUAUGGUUGUGGCCGACCAAAACAUCCAGGUGUCUAUGUUCGUUCAGCUAAUUACAGAAGAUGGAUAGAUGCAAAUCUCCUUGCUAAAACUACCACUGUGAACUUUGGAUUUUUCCCAGUCUUUCUGACUGUUGGAUGGGCAAUCUUCCAUAUUGUUUCAUAA